GGUUGGGAUGAGUACGGAGUAGUGGCCGUCGGUUGGGAUGAGUACGGAGUAGUGGCCGUUGGUUGGGAUGAGUACGGAGUAGUGGCCGUUGGUUGGGAUGAGUACGGAGUAGUGGCCGUUGGUUGGGAUGAGUACGGAGUAGUGACCGUUGGUUGGGAUGAGUACGGAGUAGUGGCCGUUGGUUGGGAUGAGUACGGAGUAGUGACCAUUGGUUGGGAUGAGUACGGAGUAGUGGCCAUUGGUUGGGAUGAUGACGGAGUAGUGGCCAUUGGUUGGGAUGAUUACGGAGUAGUGACCAUUGGUUGGGAUAAGUACGGAGUAGUGACCAUUGGUUGGGAUGAGUACGGAGUAGUGACCAUUGGUUGGGAUGAGUACGGAUGACCAUUGGUUGGGAUGAGUACGGAGUAGUGACCAUUGGUUGGGAUAAGUACGGAGUAGUGGCCAUUGGUUGGGAUGAGUACGGAGUAGUGGCCAUUGGUUGGGAU